AUGCAGAUUGUCGCAGAGCUGGAGAAAAAUUUGCAGAUUGCGAGCAUCAUUGUCAAGGUUCAGAGUUCUCUAUUGUUGGUCAUGGUCGAUCAACUGAAGCUCUGCAUGUGUUCAGAGUGUUUGUUGCUGCUGGAGGAAUGCCCAGACUUGACAGCUGUUCAAGAAGUGUAUCAAAGUAUUGAGGAGUGGCUGCAGAGAACCAUUAUCAAAGUUGAUGCGUUGCUUAUGGAAGUUUGUCGGAAGUUUGAGACUGAGAAGUAUAAAGUUGUUGUCAAUGCUUAUACUUUAUUGGACGAUGCCACUAGUCUUGCUGACAAGGUACAAAGCUUUUUCGCACAGAAUGUCGUUACGGAAACGCAUGAUGUGCUCAAGCACUUGCUCCUUGAGGGAGAGGAUGCGCAAACUGCACUUAAAAAAAGCAGAUUUCCAUAUCGAGACUUGUGCAUGCAGCUCCCUGAGGAAAAAUUCAGACCAUUUUUGUGUAAAACCCUUGAGGUUCUUUUUGAUCUCAUGUGUUUAUAUCACACUACGAUGACAUGGCACAGAAAAACAGAGUCAGCUGAGAUAAAGUUCCCUGCGGAAGAUCAAGCGAUUUGUUCAAACGGAAACCACCACCACCGUCGCUCAGGUAGUCAUGGAGAUUUGAGUCAAAUUGUUAAAGAGAGCAGACACGUCCGUACUGAAUCGCACUCCGGGGAGCUUUUUGCCAUACCGAUGUCGCCAACAUCUGUACAUGCAAGCAGGAUGUUGUCUCGGAGUGGGUCCAGAAGGAGGUCCUUUUCUGAUAAAUCAGAAAUGAAUGAAAAUGGCACUUUUGCAAGUGGUGAUUUUGAUGGAAAAUUUCUAGGGGAGAGUGGAAUUAGUGACAACCUUGCAAAGCGAGAGGAAAUUGUAUCAAUAACCGUUGCUAGAGCGUUGGAGCGUGGGCGGAAGACAGUCUGGGAGCUAGCUGCACGUCGAGUAGCAGCGUUCCUUUCAAAUGAUGCAGUAUUUCUAACGAGUCCUGAACAGUUUCUGCAAAGCUUGGACUGGGUGAAUAAGUUCAUUCUUGCAGGAGAGGCCUUUUGUGGCACUGAAGCUGUAUCUUUACGAACCAAGCUCACAAAGCAGGGUGAACAGUACUUUGGAGCCUAUCACUGUCAAAACCUUGAAGUUUUGCGAAUGAUUGUUGAAAAAGAGCUUUGGCAACCGCUCUCUUCGUUGGCGCUUAAGUCAGUGGAACUAGCAGGUCUUACUGGCCAUGGUUUAUCCUUAGCUCCAACAUCUGUAUUGGGUGAAAGUCCUGGAGCUCCUCAAAGACCCAGCAGUCCUAGUUCUGGUCAUGGAAUGACCGGCUUUGCAGAGUGGCUGGAAAGAGGAAAUCCAUUUGCCGAAAAAUCACAGCACCGCUCUGCUAUCCCCAAGGUUACGGACGAAGAUGCCGUGAGGAUCAAUGGCAUUGACAAAGUAGGGCUUGGGGCGAAUGACUCUGUUAAAGUUGAAGAGGAGGAAGAUAACGAAGACGAGGAUCUGCUGGCGGAUUUUAUAGAUGAGGAUAGCCAGCUGCCAGGUCGCCUGUACAAUAAUUUUCAACAUAGUGCUAUGCGUUCAAAGAGGGAUCAAGGUUCUAAUGAGGACAAAAAUCUGGUACUUACAAAUUCUUCAGUGAAUAUCCUUAGGGUUUGGGCCAAUUAUUCGAAUUGUAUUCUUUUUCAAUUUUUAAGACCUUUGGACAGCGAGAAGCGUUUGGGGGGAGGUCGCGGUCAUGAAUCAUACUUGCUGACCCCUCGAUUGCGGGCGACUUUGUUAAGGAUAUCACAAGAAUUAGAGGAGCAGCGUUUGAAACAAUCCAUAAGCAUGAGUGCUUCAUCUGGACAUACCAAUACAACUGGCAUACAAUCGGAUAUUCCACCCAAUUCCUCAUUUGGAGGUGCUGAAAUUGUGAUGACCGCAACUAAUUUCUAUGCGCUUAAGGAACGUACAGUAGCAACGGAGUCAUUGGCCUGUCUUGUGCAAAUGUUGAAGAGCUCACGGCUAUUGUUGCAGGCUGUGCUGGGUCAAGAUUCGAUGUUGUCAGUUGAACUCGUUUAUACUCGCACGGUGUUCACGAGAGUCGGGUUUGAAUUGAUGGUACUGGCGCACAUUCAGAUAGAUGCAGUUCCGGAUUUGAGAGAUCAUGUGUACAAGGCUAUGGUACGAAUGCUUCUCAACGUGAGUGGUUAUAUUGAUCGCAUAGCAAAUGUAAAAUGGAAGCUUAAAGAUUUGGGAAUGGAAAACAACAGGUAUGUAGAUUCUCUACUGGGCGCGUACAAGCAGUACUCAACUAAGUUAGAUUGCGGUGGUCUUGAACAGGAGAUGCACGAGUUUUUGCUAGAGUAUGGAGUGGACACGCUUGCUGAAACUAUUGUGGAAGGAUUCUCUCGUGUGCGAAGAUGCAAUAACGAGGGUCGGGCUUUGAUGUCUCUUGACCUUCAGGUACUUUAUUACCAUUUGUAAUUUGAUUUCUGGGCUUCUUUCUAUGUUCGAGUUCGAUUAAUGCAGUUGAGUAUUAGAUUAUUGAAAGUUUAUUCAUUUGUUUGUGCAUUUAGGAAUUAGAGUUUAUUAUUUCUAUACUCUGUUAAUUAUCACCUCAACUAAUAUUUUUAUUUUUUAUUAUUUGGAUUUAAAAAUAAGAUUUGUGUAUUCUUUUUACUUUAAGUUCAAUUAGUUUUUUUUUUUAAAAAAAAAUUAAACAUUUUAAUGGUUUUAAUGGUAAUUGCAAAUGCUUUUGACAUUUGUAUAUGUAAUGUUUUCCAAGGAUCAUGUUGCAAACCCAAUCAAGUGAAUAGCACAAUACUAAGAUUCUUACCAACAAAUACUAAUAUUAUUGCAAGAUAGAAAUUAUAUAAAAUCUUUAGUAUGGUGAGAUGAUAAUGUUUUCAUUUCACAAGUGAACAAGAUUUUCUUGGUUCUAGUUCUUGCUUAAUAAAACCAUGCUUUUGAUAA